ACGGCAGAAGCCGCGGGUGCUUUAGUUCCAAGGAGGACCCCGGCCCUGAGGAGGAAGAGGAUUUGCCUGGUGGGAGCCGCAGUCGGCGCGGCUGGCUCUGCUCACCUCUACCACCUCCUGAGCCGGGCAGCCAUGAAGGACUCGCUGGUGUUGCUUAGCCGUAUCCUGGCGCACCCGGACUCCCGCUGCUGGUUCCUGGCCUGGAACCCCGCGGGAACCCUGCUGGCCUCGUGCGGGGGCGACCGGAGUGUCCGCAUCUGGGGCAGGGAGGGUGACAGCUGGAUCUGCAAAUCUGUCCUUUGUGAAGGCCACCAGCGCACCGUGCGGAAGGUGGCCUGGUCUCCCUGUGGGAAUUACCUGGCCUCUGCCAGCUUUGAUGCUACCACUUGCAUUUGGAAGAAGAAGAAUGCUGACUUCGAGUGUGUAACCACUCUGGAGGGCCAUGAAAAUGAGGUCAAGUCAGUAGCCUGGGCCCCAUCUGGCAACCUCCUUGCCACCUGCAGCCGAGAUAAGAGUGUGUGGGUCUGGGAAGUUGAUGAAGAAGACGAGUAUGAGUGUGUCAGUGUCCUCAACUCUCACACACAGGAUGUCAAGCAUGUGGUUUGGCACCCGAGCCAGGAGCUGUUAGCCUCUGCCAGCUAUGACGACACAGUGAAGCUCUACCGGGAGGAAGAGGAUGACUGGGUAUGCUGUGCCACCCUCGAAGGCCACGAAUCCACCGUGUGGAGCUUGGCCUUUGACCCCAGUGGCCAGCGCCUGGCCUCUUGCAGUGAUGACCGUACUGUGCGCAUCUGGCACCAGUAUCUACCAGGCAAUGAGCAAGGGGUGGCGUGCAGCGGCUCUGACCCUAGCUGGAAAUGUAUCUGCACCUUGUCAGGCUUCCACUCCAGGACCAUUUACGAUGUCGCUUGGUGUCAGCUGACAGGGGCCCUGGCUACCGCCUGUGGGGAUGAUGCCAUCCGAGUAUUUGAGGAGGAUCCCGGCUCAGAUCUGCAGCAGCCCACCUUCUCCGUGACGGCCCACGUGCCUCAGGCCCAUUCCCAGGAUGUCAACUGUGUGGCCUGGAAUCCCAAGGAGCGGGGGCUCCUGGCCUCGUGCAGUGACGAUGGAGAGUUGGCCUUCUGGAAAUAUCAGCCGUCUGAAGGCCUCUGAGCCACCUUGACUUUGGACAGAAUCAUGGUUCCCCAGAAAAUGUCAUAAGACUUUCCCAGCCCCUGAGAGGCCCGGAGGAGCAUCCCUGACCUUCCUUUAACUUGGCCCCUCCUCCAUGCAGACUUGGGCAGAAGUGCAGGCCACAUAACCACUCACUCUUUCCCCUCCUUUGAUACGGAGUCCUUGGUAAAGAGCUACAGAACAUCAGUGUAUUGUAUUCAAGCCAGAUUUUGCUUGCUUUAGGGCACAGUGUUAAAUUUGGAGGUGGUGGUGAGUAUACUAUUUAUAAUCAUCAUAUCUAUACGUAGGAGAGAUGUAUCUCAGCCCUUUCUGAAACUAUAAGCUUUAUAGACAUAAUCCGAGUCCCAAGUCCUGUUUUAUAUUAUAAGGACAUUCACAAUCUAAAAGAAUUCCAUGGUGAGUCCUUUUCUGAAGUAGGUCCUGCCUUCUCGAUUUCUGGGCAAACCCUUGCAUUUAAGACAUUCAGUCAAUACUGAAGGAAAUUUUUUUUUUUUUUUUUUUGGCUGUGUUGGGUCUUCGUUGCUGCGCGUGGGCUUUCUCUAGUUGCGGCGAGCAGGGGGCUACUUUGUUGCGGUGAGAUUCCUCAUUGCCGUGGCUUCUCUUGUUGGGGAGCACGGGCUUUAGGUGCACGGGCUUCAGUCGUUGUGGCACGCGGGCUCUAAUACACAGGCUCAGUAGUUGUGGCGCACGGGCUUCGUUGCUCCGUGGCAUGUGGGAUCUUCCCGGACUAGGGCUCGAACCUGUGUCCGCUGCAUUGGCAGGCGGAUUCUUAAUCACUGCGCCACCAGGGACCGCUGCAUUGGCAGGCGGAUUCUUAAUCACUGCGCCACCAGGGAAGGCCUGAAGGAAAUUUUUUUUUUUAACAUCUUUAUUGGAGUAUAACUGUUUUACAAUGGUGUGUUAGUUUCUGCUUUACAACAAAGUGAAUCAGUUAUACAUAUACAUAUGUUCCCCUGAAGGAAAUUUUUUGAUGUAGGUUGGUUUAGAGCGAGAAACACCUCUGCUUUCCCUUCGAAACCCUUAAUGUACCUUCUGUGCUAUGUGCUGUGCUGACAGCCAGGAAUUGCUGAGAAAUAAAUGGGGAGGACGUGACCCCUAGAAGGGAGUUAUUGGUGGCCACAGGUCGUGCAUUCUCAGUGUGGAUGAAAAUUAGGUCUUGGGUGAGGGGCAAAAAAAAAUCUUAGAGACAGUAAUUUGUGGCCCUCAGAAGGACCACUGUACAUAAAUAUGCUGUGGUCUGUUGUAUUAGAUUUUCAUAGUGGGGGUGAGUAGUAAAAAGAUGCCAAUUAAGUCCCAUUAAGGCAGUGAUGAUGAAAAAAUGGGAAAGAAACACUGGCACAGGUAGUCAGUGCUUUAGUCUCACGUUAUCCUCUGACAGGCACUUCCAAGUGCGUUUUGACUUGAGGCCCGUCUUCAAGCCCACAGCCUUCACUUGAUUUUCUACACCACAGAAAUCAUGACCGUAGAUUUUGAAAAGACAACUGGGGCAGUACCUAGAGCAGAGGUUCUCAAGAUGGGGUCUGCCAGUCACUGGAAAUCCCUAGAUUUUUUCAGCAGUUGGCGCCUGGGCAGGAAGCAAGGCAAUGGCAUCAAAUACUAGUCGUGUCUCCAUGCCUUGCUCUCAGUGAAAAAAUGGCCAACUUCCCUGAGAAGUGUCCUCAGUAGAACUAAUAAGAGAUAAAUUGUAUUAAAUCUCGACCCUUGAGCAUACAGCUCAUGUUCUGCAAUGACGGAAGCGCACACGAGCACUCCUGCUGUGCACUGAGGUGUGGCUGUCUUGAGGAAAAGCAGUUGUGCAGGUGUAAGCUGAAUCAACCGUGUUGUUCAUGGCAUAACCAUUUCUACUUGAAAGAACGAGCAAAUUAUGGUAUUUAGACUUGGCUAUCUGGGAGACAUUUUCCGGAAAACGAAUGGAAUGAGCCUUUCACUUCAAGGGAAACUGAUAGUGUUGCCAAUGAUAAAAGCUUUCAAGAAAAAAUUAGAAUCUUUGAAAACUUGUAUUGCCGCCAUGAGCUUGACAUGUUCUCAAUGCUUACUUUUCUGAGGGGACUGGUGGUGAUAUGAACAAACGUGAUCUGUAUGAUGAAAUGUAUUGACAUUUGGAAGAUUUGCAUAAUUCAGUGAAUGAGCAUUUUCCAAAUGCCUAAUGCAUGAUGUUACAAAAUCACUCAUGGGUAAGACUCAUUAAAAGUGUAAGGCCAGGGCUUCCCUGGUGGCGCAGUGGUUGAGUCCGCCUGCCGAUGUAGGGGACACGGGUUCGUGCCCCAGUCCGGGAAGAUCCCACAUGCCGCGGAGCGGCUGGGCCCGUGAGCCAUGGCCGCUGAGCCUGCGCGUCCGGAGCCUGUGCUCCGCAACGGGAGAGGCCACAACGGUGAGAAGCCCGCGUACCACAAAAAAAAAAAAAUAAUAAGUGUAAGGCCGGUGGGUUUUAAUGUAACAGUAUAAAAAGCUCAUUGAUAAGGUUUCAGAUCCACAUUGCCUUUAAGAAACUACCACCUGUGGAGUGGUGACAUAGCAUCACAUAAACUCAAUUACCUGAGAAGCCUAUUUAAAAACUCCUUUUUCCAACUUCCUGUCUGUGUGAAGUCAGCUUUACGUCAGCACAACACACAACAGGUUGUGGAAGCAGCUAGGAGAAUCCAACUGUCUUCUAUGAAGCCAGACAUGAAAGAGAUCUGCAAAAAUGUAAAAUGCCACUCUUCUCCCCGGAUUUGUUUUGGAAGUUGUUUUUCAUAAAAAGUUAACAGAAGUUACUGUUGUUUUAAAAUGCAUUUACUAUAGUAAAUAAACAUCAAUGGCUGUAACCCAGAUAAUAAAGGAUGGUUGGGGCUCUUAAUUUUUUGUAGGGUAAACGGGUCCUAAGACUAAAUUUGAAAACUGCCAACCUAGGGAAAUUACCCUUCAGAAUCAUUUUCCAAUUUUUUGCACAUUUAUUCCUAAAAAACCCCAGAAGGCAAGAAUUUGAGAAAAAAAUUUGUAGAUCUGGAUCUUAAAAUCGGUUUAAGCACCCAGUUGGUGCUGCCUCAUUAUGGGAAGGGACACUGCUGAUCUUGAGAAAGCUCUAACCUGUUGAUCUCUCCAGCAAAGUUCAGUUAGUUCCUGCAGUAGGGCAGAUACAGAGGAAGGGACCAAGGGCACAAGCCUGACUGAACAGAAGCUACCGACACUGUUCCCUCUGCGCUGACUGAAAUGGUGCAGGUGGCAGCCCAACUGAAGAGCAGCCUCCUCCUCUAGAAGUGCUCACUGUGAGCAAGUUCACUGGCUGAAAAAAAUAAUCCUUAGGUUGGAGAAAGGAAACUUUUUUUUUGGCUGCAUUGGGUCUUCGUUGCUGCGCGCGGGCCUUCUCUAGUUGCGGUGACUGGGGGCUACUCUCCGUUGUGGUGCGUGGGCUUCUCAUCGCGGUGGCUUCUCUCGUUGCGGAGCACAGGCUCUUAGGUGCAUGGGCUUCAGUAGUUGUGGCUCGUGGGCUCUAGAGCGCAGGCUCAGUAGUUGUGGCGCAUGGGCUUAGUUGCUCUGUGGCAUGUGGUAUCUU